AUGAUGGUGAUUGUGAUAGAGAUGAUGAUGGUGAUUGUGAUAGAGGAUGAUGGUGAUUGUGAUAGAGACGAUGAUGAUGAUCAUUGUGAUGAUGAUGAUGGUGAUUGUGAUAGAGACGAUGAUGAUGAUGAUGGUGAUUGUGAUAGAGACGAUGAUGAUGGUGAUUGUGAUAGAGACGACGAUGAUGAUGAUGAUGAUGAUGAUUGUGAUAGAGACGAUGAUGAUGAUGACGAUUGUCAUAGAGACGACGAUGAUGAUGAUGAUGAAGAUGAUGAUGAUUGUGAUAGAGACGAUGAUGAUGAUGAUGAUGAUGACGAUUGUGAUGAUGAUGAUUGUGAUGAUGACGAUUGUGAUGAUGAUGAUUGUGAUAGAGACGACGAUGAUGAUGAUGAAGAUGAUGGUGAUUGUGAUAGAGACGAUGAUGACGAUGAUGAAGAUGAUGAUGAUUGUGAUAGAGACGAUGAUGAUGAUGAUGAUGAUGAUUGUGAUAGAGAUGAUGAUGAUGAUGAUUGUGAUAGAGACGAUGAUGAUGAUGAUUGUGAUAGAGACGAUGAUGAUGAUGAUGAUUGUGAGAGACGAUGAUGAUGAUGAU